GUGUCAACACAAACAUGUGCGGGAAACACGGAAGUGAACUCGUGAUACGUAUAUAAUAUAUAUAAACGCACCAUAUGUGUUUGUUUUAAGUUUUAUACAUUCUAAUUUAAUAGAAUGCGUGAGGCGGUAUAUUGUUUUAAGACGUGACGUCAAUCAAGAAACGCGCGCUUCCAGAUGUACAUGGACAAAAAAAAUGAGCGUCACAUCAUUGACCUCUAUGUUUAUAACGACUGGUGAUGCACAGUGCAGGGGCUUGUCUGGACAUGGAGGGCCAGUCUAGAUAUGUGAUCCCACCACAGCUCCUUCCUUUUUCUCACUAUAUGUUGUCUGUAGGAGGGGCUGAAGGAAAGAAAAGAGGGAAUAGAUGGAGAGAGAGGUCAAUAAACCGGUUGAGGAAGAAGGGUGGGCCGCCACAGUUGAUGGAAGGAGAGAGGAAGAAGGAAAUAUAGACAGUUAUGAUUGUUUUUCAGAUAAAAGAAGGGCGAUGACAGGGACAGACGUGGGUAUGGUCCAUUCAAGCAUUACAAAGGCUUCACCUGCUCCCUGCAGAAAACAAAUCUUGGACACAAGACCAACUCUGAAGAUGGAUUUUGGACACAUGGAUGAAAUUCCACCAUCAGGACUGACAAGACCAACGAUCCAGGCGCAUGAUGUUGAACCUCUUUCUAUUUCCUCGGGCCAUACAGACACCUGGGCUCUAUCUAUCUCCGACACUACGCCCUCUUCUCCCUCCCCUGUCAUUCCCCCUCUCCCGUUCAUGUCCUCUUCCUCCUCUUUUCCCUCUCUCUCUCCUCCUCUGCCUCCGUUGGUGGAGCUGGAUGGCGUGCUGGCAGAGGGGCGGCUGGUUUUGGAUGUGUAUCGGGGUGGAGGAGAGGUUCUGCCGGUGUUAUGGGAGUAUGCACAGGAGCGCAUGAGAGGCCUGCAGUACCUCAGACUAGGAUCAGAAGACGAGGGGGCGUUAGAGAGAGCGUUGAGUGUGCUGCCCCGACUUACAGAGCUGCGCUCACUGGCUAUCAGAGGACACCGUUUCCAUGACAUUCACGGCGAACCUCUCCCCGGCCUUCUCACCUCUCUCCCUCCAUCCAUCUCCUCUUUCUCUUUCCUUGUUCACCUGGAUCUUUCCUUCAAUCAUCUCUCCUCUCUUCCUCCCUGUCUUCUCUCUCUCUCUCAUCUCUCUGAGCUCCUGCUGUGUCACAACCAUCUGACAGCUCUUCCGGAGGACCUCGGGGCGCUGGCAUCCCUGCGACUGGUGAGCCUGAUGGGGAACAGGCUGGCGGAUCUGCCCCGGGGAGUGGGGCUCCUUUGCAGGCUGGAGAAGCUGGACGUGUCCUUUAACUGGCUGGAGAGUCUUCCAGAAGAACUGGGUCAACUGCAGGACCUACAAACACUGGAGUUGUCCAAUAACAGGCUCAAAGUGCUACCAGAAACUCUGGGAUCUCUUCGCUCUCUGAGGCAGCUAUUUCUUCAGAGUAAUGAGCUGAGGAGUAUUCCAGAAUGUUUGCGCUCCCUCCCGCAGCUCGGCAAACUGGAUUUGAGGAACAACCCGCUGGGCCGACCCCUUACCCCCCCACCGCUUGCCCCCGUGACCCCAGUUCUGGAAGAUUCUGAGAUCCCAGAACUUCACCUUGGACUUCAACACAGUUUUUUAGUAUCUCCUGCUGGUUGUCACGUGUUUCUUUCUGGAGGGGCGGAGCUCUUGUUUCCACGGGGAUGCGUAAGCAUAGUCACACAACUCAAGUGGGCGGAGAGAAGACCAGACAAGAAGUGGGUGUGGCUAGAGGAGCAUGACGUCCUGUUGAGUCGCCAGUUAGAGCUUCUUCCUCACGGAUCCACAUUUGAAAAGCCAGUAGAGGUGUGUAUUCCCUAUCGUAAAACACGGAAAGGCAAUGUUGCAGUUCGCAGGUUUGAUGGUCAGUCGUGGACGACACUUCCCACCCUGACCAGAAGGGGGAGUGAGAGGCACAGCUGCAGGCCAGGGGGCCGCCCAGCACGGCUGGCCUGCUGCAGUGUAUCACAGUUUUCUUGGUUUGUGGCCGUCUCUCGUCCUUUCCUGGACAGUUGCUCUGUGUCUCCAGAGGGGGCACUGCUGGUAUCUCAAUUUGACCCAGGAAUCAAACUCACAUUUCCUCCAGAGUGCACAACAGAGACACGUACUGUCACACUGCAGGUCCUGCAGGUGGCGCUGUCUGAGGUGCAGGACUUGACCGGAGACCCUCAGGCCAGUGCCAGCCCACUGUUAUGCCUCUCUCAAACUCCCAGUAUGCACUUCCUUCAGCCAAUCAGAGUGCAGAUCCCUCUGCCACCUGGAGUCACUGGACACAUGGUGGACAUUUCCCGCCUGCACCUGAUGCACGGCGACCCCACGGCACAUACCUGGACUGACGUCACCUCUCAGGUGUCUCUUUAUGUCACACACAUCUAUGCUGUAUUCUCUAUCACACACUUCUCAUGGUACUGGUUGUGGUACACCACUCACAGAUGUGUUAGUGGGGUUGUCAGGAAGAUGUAUCACCGGUUGAAACAGUUCCGGGUUCGAUUCCUGGUGCUUCAGAGAAAAACAGACCCUGCACAGGUUCUACUACAGUGCCUGCCAUCUGACAAGGCUGAAAGCAGGCUGGCAUCUCUCUCUGAACAAUAUGAAGGUCCUCAGCCAUCAGAGUUGUGUAUCCUGCUGGAGGGAGAGCAGUUUUUUGCUGGAUUUGAGAGAGGGAUUGACAUCAGUGCAGAUCGUCCUGACUGUAAAGAAGGCAGACUCUCGUUUACCUUUUACUCUCACUUGAAGAACAUUAAAGAAGUCCAUGUGUGCCCGACUCACCCACAGCAGGGCACCGUGAGAGGACAGGUGUCAUUUUACAGGGGUGAAGUGCCCAGUGAUCUUCCAGAGGAAGUGGCUCAUAAAAGAAAAGGUCAUGACAACCAGUGGAUGGCUACGUUACCCCUCAGACUUCUUAGUGCAGAUUGUGAAGGGAGCAUCUAUGGCGAGCUGAAUCUUGGCGACCCAGAAAGCGGAUAUCUAACACAAACCAACCUGCUGUCCAUCUCUUUACGCAUCAACCAGGAGUGGCAGAAUAUCGGCAUCAGCCUGGGCAUCAACUAUGACCAGCUGGAACGAAUCCGAAACCAGCACAGGGACAACUUUGGGGCCCAGGUAUUGGCGAUGCUCUUUCAUUGGGCGAGAGGGGAGCAGGGGGCAGGGCCUGGGGCGGUGCAACGACUUAUGAAAGCGUUGGUGGACAAUGGUAGGCGGGACUUAGCAGAGGAAGUGGAAGACAUAGUAACUUUGGGAAAGAGGAAGUAUGAAGAAUCACUCAAGAGGGUCGGACUGGAGACACCAACUACCUCAACAGACACUCCGUCCAGCUGACACACAAACACACUCUGUUUGAAAGUGAAAAAUGAAUGUCAUUGUUUAAUCACCCUCAUAUUGUUCCAAACCCAAAUGUAUUUUUUUGUGUUCCACAGAAGAAAGUCAUAUGUGUUUGGAAUGAGAUGAGGGUAAAUGAUGGCAGAAUUUUCCUUUUUGUAUGAACUAUGAGGAUGAGUGAGGAUGAUUUUUCUGGUGAUGGACUUGACAAACUCCCACCAGCAGAACACAUGGACAUCAAGUGCCUCAUCUCACAAGACAGAGUCAUUGUGUGUCAGAGCAGCUGUCUGUCUGAAGGAUGUCUUCUCUCUCUCUGUCUAUCUCUCUCGUGCCUAACAAGGACCCACAGUUUCUCACAGAUGUGUUUCAUUUGUAAUGACAAUUUAGCAUGUUUAAACUGUGCCAAAUGAGCCAUGAAUAUUUGUUAAAUGUUUUUAUGUGUUUAAACCAAGAAACAUUCAAAAUGAUUUGAUCAUUUGCACUUUUUUUCUCCUGUAUGUGGGUGAAUCUCACAAAGCUCGUCAAGAAAUAGCCAUACUUCACGACAAAAUGAAAAGAAACAAAGGAGAAAUUAUAUUAUGCAAAAGAAAGUGAAGCCUUCAUGUAGGACAAAUAAAAUGUAUUAUAUUAUUUAUUAUGACAAUUAAGUAUAUUUUACCCCCUCAAUUUUCUUCUCUUUUUACUAUUUCCAUUAUUUUAAAUUAUUAUUAUUUUUAAUUUAAAUUAUUGUUAUAUUUGUAGUAAAAUUAUGUUCUGCAAUGACUUUUUAUUAUUAAAAAAGAGCAUAAAUUAAAGUCUAUUUUUAUAUUAUACUAUUUAAAAUAUUAAAGUUUAAUAAAAAUACAUUUAAAAAAAUUUUUUUUUUUUUUUUACAAUUUAAAGAUCUUUUUUUUCCUUUCAAGUUUGCAUUUUGACAUUAUUCUCAGGACAGUUAGGCACAUUUUACCCCAAAAACUGUAAUAAAUGAUGAUUCUCAUUACUGCAAUACAGUAUUAAAAAAAAACUAUUAAAGUAAAAAAAUACUGUUAUACAUUUUUUUAUUAUAAAAAUCGGCAUUAAGGCAGCGUAACAAAUACUACCAUAAUGUAAAAAUACUUUAAAAUGUAAAUAAUAUAUCAUUGCAAUUUUUUUUUUUUUUUAUACGUAACAGUAGUGAGAAGGGGCAAUGUGGUUAAUUGUCAUGAAAAUAAUCUCCUAUUGUCCUAAAACAUUUUCUUAAAGCAAAACACAAUUUAUUUUUUAAUUAAUUUAUUUUAUUGACAUUAUAACCAAAUAUGAGUUUUGUGAGAUUCACCCCAUCACAGUGUUGUAAAUAUCUGCACCAUCAAAAUACAAUCAUUAAAUUACUGAAUCGAUGAUUUUCA